AUGGUGGGGUUCUUCAUCAAAAAAAUGUUCACACUUCGCCACUUUGCAACCUCAUUAAAAAAGUUAGGAAAGGUGAAAGACUUAUUUGACCCAAAAAACCCCACCGCAGCACUACAAGAAUAUUUUAAAAACCCUAAUGAUUUUGACGCUGUCUUCUUGUUGAACAAGAAGGAAAUUAACUUUUAUGAUUGUAAAAGAAUAUUUGAGAGGGUUUCUUCAAAACGUUCAGUUAAUACUCUAACGUCCAUGUAUUUUGCUAGCAAGCGAACUAAUCAAGAGAAAUGGAUUCAAGAUGAAUAUUUAGAAGAAGUUAAUCAAAUCCUCUCCACACUUGCACCAAACGAAUUUAAAAGAAUUUCUCCGACAUUGUGGAACAUGAUCUUGAACGCUAUGACCACAAGUCCCAAAUUCAAAAAAAAGGCACAGUUUUGGUACGAAACACUGGACAACAAUUUGGUGCCAUUGAGCGAAAAGAACAAGUCUUGUUUGCUCAAUUCGUAUUGUACUUCUGGAAAUCUAGAAAUGGUAAUUAGACUAUUCAACCAAAUGGAAGCACCAACAAUAAUAGAUAUAACAAAAGUAACCGAAAAAUUGAUAGAGAAUUAUCGCUUGCAAGAUGUGAAGAACAUCUUGUUGGAAAUGAGUGUUUCUCCUGAUGCUAUUUUGUUUACAACGCUCAUCAAAUCUUGCUCUAAAAUCAAAUAUUUAGAAGGAGGAAAAUCUAUUCACCGAAUUAUUGUUGAACUGUUUCCACAUUUGCUUAACGAUAUCACUUUAAUUACUUGUUUAAUUAGUUUUUAUUCCACAUGUGGGCAAUAUGAAACAGCUAUUGAGUUGUUUACUAAUUCUCCUCAAAAGAAUAUAAUAACUUGGAAUUGUUACUUACAAGCUCUUCUUUCAAGCGGUAAAAUUGAUCUUGCUUUUGAAAAUUUUCGUAGACUUGCCGAGCCAUCAAAUAGCACAUUCGUUAUUAUGCUGAAUGCUUGUAUUUCUAACAACCUAUUUGAGAGAGGAAAGGAAAUAUGUGGUUUAAUAGAACAAAACCAAUGCAAAGAUCCUAUUGUUAUGAACUCUGUAAUUUCAUUUUACGCAAACUUAGGGGAGGUUGAGAGAUCUAUUGAGACCUUCUACUCUUUCAAGAAUCCCGAUACUCCAAUGUGUAAUACGAUACUAAAAAUCCUCUUCAAAGAUGAGAGAAUAUCAGAAGCCUUCUCUCUCUUUUACAACAUGAUGUCAACUAAACAGACUUCCGAAGUUUCAUUUAUUGUAAUGCUAAAUGAGUGUACAAACAAAUUGCUGAAAAAAGAAGGAGAAGAAAUUAUUGCACUACUGCCACCACUUUUUGAAUGUGGUUUGGAAUUGCGUAAUUCUAUACUUAAAUUCUACUCUGUUUUCAAAAUCUAUGAUAGGGCAAAAGAAACUUUUGAAGAAAUGUUAAGAUUGAAAAAUUUUGAUUAUAUUUCACUGAUAUCAAUGCUUUCUUUAUAUUCUGAUGGUAUAUCUUUGAAGCAAGGUAUUGAAAUACAUCAAAUUGCUGAAAAAUAUCAUUUUCAGGAAAUUGAACUACACAAUACUAUCCUAAACUUUUAUGGUAAAAUGGGAGAAAUAGAGAAAACCUUUGAGUUAUUUGUAGAUUUAUUGCGAAGAGAAUACCCAAUUUCAAUCAUUACAUGGAACGUAGUACUCGCAACAUGUGCUCAAAAUGGGAGAGCCAAACAGGCAGAAGUAAUAUUCGACAAGAUGAUAGAGCAAGGCUUCGAACCGAAUGAAGAAACUCUUCUUCACAUGCUUUCUGCAUACAGCCACAACAUGAUGCCUGAGAAAUCCAUUAAUCUCUAUAGAGAACUGCCAAGCAAGUAUCAUAUCGAACCAACCAUAAAGCACACAGCUUGUUUGGUGGAUGGUUUAGUUCGUUCUGGAUUAUUUGAAGAAGCAGAAAAAAUAAUUGGUGACAGCAAAGAAUUAAUAUUGUGGAGUACUUAUUUAGGAGGAUGUAGAAAGUAUAAUGAUUUGGAGAGAGCAAGGAAGGCUUUUGCUAUUUUAAAGGAAAUAGACAAAACUGAUUCGUCCAAUUAUAUCCUGCUAGCGAAUAUUUAUUCGUACUUUGGUGAGGACCUUGAGGUAGAACUUCUCAAAAAAGAAAUGAAAUCAGAAAAUGCAAAGAAGAUUCCGGGAGUAACAACUAUUGAAAUCAAUGGAAAAACAUAUAGUUUUGUUAGUAACGACAAAAACCACCCUGAAAUUAAACAAAUAGAAGAAGAGUUAAUGAAACUAACUCAGGAAAUGAUUGAUGCUGGCUAUGAGCCUGAUUUAAGGUGGGUUACUAAACACGGAACAUUUACAGACGACGAGAAAAAGAAUUUAUUGUGUCGCCAUUCAGAAAAAUUGGCCAUGGCCUAUGCUUUUAUUCACCAACCAAAAGGUUCCACUAUUAGAAUUGCUAACAAUUUGAGAGUUUGUGGAGAUUGCCAUAAUGCUACAAAGUAUAUCUCAAAAGUCAGAAACUGCAAAAUUAUUGUAAGAGAUGCUUCACGUUUUCAUCAUUUUGAAAACGGAAAAUGUUCUUGUGGUGAUAAUUGGUAA